GACACCCGGAAUUAGUCUUCGGCGGUUCUCCGGUCGAGUUUCCCGGUGCUUUAGUCUGCCUCUGCCCUAGAGCCGGCUUCAGGCCUCGCUGACUUUCGCCUCCCAGACCCUCGCGAUGGCGAGAGCCUGGGUCUGCCUGGCGGGCGCCGCCUUCUUCCUUUCCUGUCUGGUUUUGCAUUCGCGCUUCUGUGGCUCGCUGGUUUCAAGGACAUUUUCUUUUCACGUUUCCUGGAGAAUGGAGGACCCUCUUUUCCGGCUGGAUUUGGGUUGGCCCAAGAAUUCGGAAUACUUCACUGGUGCAACAUUUUGUGUUGCAGUUGAUUCCCUCAACGGGUUAGUUUACGUAGCCCAAAGAGGGGAUAACAUCCCCAAGGUAUUAGUGUUCUCAGAGGAUGGCUAUUUCCUACGAGCCUGGAAUUAUACAGUUGACACACCCCAUGGUAUGUUUGUCUCCGGCACACCAUUUGAACAGUCCGUCUGGAUCACGGACGUAGGAAGCGGACCCUACGGCCAUACUGUUAAAAAAUAUAAUUCCCUGGGUGAUCUUGUUCAAGUCUUGGGAACCCCAGGCAAGAAGGGCACUGGCUUGAACCCGCUGCAGUUUGACAACCCUGCAGAAUUAUAUGUAGAUGACACAGGGGAGAUGUACAUUGUGGAUGGAGAUGGGGGACUGAAUAACAGACUGGUCAAACUAUCCCAAGAUUUCAUGAUCCUCUGGCUGCGUGGAGAGAAUGGGACAGGACCUGCCAAGUUCAACAUACCUCACAGCGUUACACUUGACGCAGUUGGUCGGGUGUGGGUUGCGGACCGAGGAAAUAAGAGGCUCCAAGUAUUUGAUAAGGACACUGGAGAGUGGUUAGGAGCAUGGGACAACUGUUUCACAGAGGAGGGGCCUUCUGCUGUGAGGUUCACCCCAGAUGGGAAGUACUUGAUUGUGGCCCAGCUGAACCUCAGUAGGCUGUCAGUGUUGCUUGCCCCACCCUCCGGAAGCAUCGGAGACUGCUCUGUGGUCAGCACUAUCCAGCUGGCAGAUCAGGUUCUGCCACAUCUUUUGGAAGUCGACAGAAAGACUGGCGCAGUGUAUGUAGCAGAAAUUGGGGCAAAACAAAUACAAAAAUACAUCCCGUGGCACAGCCGCACCCCUGCCUUCGGCGCUUAGUGCUUCCGGCUGGGAGGAGCUUCGGGUAGCACUUCAGAGCCACAGGGUCAUUUUCACCUCUUCUGCAAGAAAAGUGUGUUGCUGGGUCAUGAAGAGUCAUGUUUUCUCGUGGUUUUGGGACUUGGUUUUACAACUAAGUGUGUUUCUUUCUGGUGGCCCUGGGAGUUGAACUCAUCACUUCCUAAGUGCUAGGCGGCUGCCCUAGCAGGGGCUACAUCUUCACAGAAGCACCUUUUAAAGGAAGAAAUGCAGUUCUAAAAUGGGGCCAUGACGGGAACUGUGGUUGUAACCAAGCUGCUUGCCUGCAUCGAUUAACUCUCUCUGGGUUCCUGGGUGACUUCAUAUGAUGAGUGGAAACUACUAGUUGGUUUAGCCUAUGUGUAUUAGACUGUGGAAGAGAU